ACCCCCCCCAAGCCAGGAGGAAGAAGCCGGCGCGGCCCCGUCAGCAGCCGGCCGCGGCUGUUCUGGAGGACGGCGGCCGCGCUCCUGGGAGCGGCUCUGGGGUCCGGCCGGCGGCCCGAAGGUGCGGCGCCAUGAAGCUGUACAGCCUCAGCGUCCUUUACAAAAGCGAGCCCAAAGCGGUGCUGCUCAAAGCCGCGUACGACGUGUCUUCCUUCAGUUUCUUCCAGAGGUCCAGUGUUCAGGAAUUCAUGACCUUUACAAGUCAGCUGAUUGUGGAACGCUCGGCAAAAGGCAGCAGAGCCUCUGUCAAGGAACAAGAGUAUCUUUGCCAUGUCUACGUCCGGAGUGACAGUCUUGCAGGUGUGGUCAUUGCUGACAGCGAAUAUCCUUCCAGAGUGGCCUUUACCUUGCUGGAGAAGGUACUAGAUGAAUUCUCCAAGCAGGUCGAUAGGAUAGACUGGCCAGUAGGAUCACCUGCUACAAUCCAGUACACAGCCCUGGAUAGUCACCUUAGUAGAUACCAGAACCCCCGAGAAGCUGAUCCCAUGAGUAAAGUACAAGCUGAACUGGAUGAGACCAAAAUCAUUCUGCAUAACACCAUGGAGUCUUUGUUAGAGCGAGGCGAGAAGCUUGAUGACUUGGUCUCCAAAUCAGAAGUACUGGGAACACAGUCGAAAGCCUUCUAUAAAACUGCCCGGAAACAAAACUCAUGCUGUGCAAUCAUGUGAUGUAGCCCACAGAGGCAGGCGCUGGAUCGUCAUGUCACAUCAGAACUACAGCCCCUGAAGAUGAAGCGAUACCCUAGAAGAAGACCUGGAGCCAGGCUGACUGGCUGUUUUUAUUUUGAAGUUCUCAAGAGGAGUGAAGGGGAUGACUUAAGGGUGGGAACAUUGACGUUCAUAUGUGUGCUUGUGACUUUGGGAAAGAAUCUGAGGUCCUCAAAGAUGUAAUGUUGAGAAAAUGAAACCAUAAACUCCUAAGUGGCUCUUAUAGGUGCUGAAGGGCUUAUUCUCAGCUAACCCUGGAAGGCUCUAUGGGAAGGAAUCUUUUUCCUGAUCCUUGGUAUGACUUAGGAUUUCAUUUGUGCAUUAAUAAUAUUAACUCUCCAGUGAGUGGGGUGGGGGGAGGGAGUCUCGGGUGAUAGGGCUGGGUAGGCAGAGUUGGAACACUCCGGAAUUCUACUCUUUUGCACUGUGGGGGUUGGGGGAAGCUCACCAUGACCAGCAUCAGGACUGUGAAAGGCAGUGGUCACUGGGUCUCCCCUAUUCGGUUUGCCUGUCUGCUAGAAUUGGCAUCUGCCAGGGACAGGGCCCAUCCUAAGUACCUUUAUCCAGUAACACAAAGAUGGCUUGUGAGAGGUCCUUAGAAUGGGCUGAGAAGGGCAAGAUGUGUAAGUUGUGGUUCUAUCAGCCAGCAGACUGUUCAGACUGGGGCUGUUCUGGUGUUGGGAGGGUCAGCUGGUAGUGUCCAUCUUCAGGGGAGAAGCACACAGGUGCCCUCAGCUGUCCAGUGUGGAGGCGCACUCACUUUGACUUGCAGUCGGACUUAGGACCUCAAGAUCAAAGUAGUGGGGGCUGUCAUCUCUCGGAGCCGGUUUAUUGGUCUCUGUGUCUACAAGACUGUCUUGGCAACUGCCUGGGGCCCGCAUGUUUGAGCAAGUCUCUCCUGUGGGUCCCAGGGCAGGUGCCAGCAGCCCGAAGAUUCCCAGCAUUCACCGUGGUCUGUCCAGCUCUGACCUACAAGCCCCUUUCCAGUCAGAGACAGCUGCAGGGUGGAGGAGGUUGAGGGGUUGGUCUGAGCUAGCACCCACUGCCAGCACAGUCUGUGGUGACCCCAGGAUGUGCUGGGUCUCACAUCGCCUCUUCAUGUUCUGCUGUGCACAGUAUAUCGUGAGAUCCUGUCUCCCCAGAAACAACCGCUGGGACGCUAGCCUCUAUGAGUUUUGAACCAGAGCUGUCUUACUCCGAUGAUCCCCGAGCCUGUUGAGCUACCCUCAGAGUGCCCAUGAGGGGUGGGGUGUCUGCUAUGGCUUCCAAAAUCCUUCCUUCCUGGUAUCUGCCUAUUUCUCUGGGUUCCGCUAGUCAAAGGCUCAGGCUCUGCCCUGGAGCGGCCUGCCCAUGUCAUUUCUGCUGCCAUAGACCUCGCCAGCCCAGGGCCCCCAGACAGCACGGGUCCAGUCUCGCUGGCACUCAGGGUGGAGUCAAUGGCCUGGAGUGCUGCCUGGUUCUCUUCUUACUCUGGAGGGUGCUGAGGAAGAAUGGGGGUGGGUGGAGGAAGACAUUUGCAGGAAAGAGGUAACCUUUGCCCACAUAAGGCUGUCCUACAAGGUAUCCCUCGCCCUGCGAUGGAUCGAGUUGCCAUGUGUUUCCCAUCCCCCAUUAUUCUAAUGUUAAAUCACUUGGCAAAAGUGUAUUUUAAUAAUGCCUAAUUUCUCUGUUCUGUUUGAAAGUUUCUGUCUCAAUAAAAUUGUCUUUUGAAAUUCCA